AUGCCCAACUACAAGGCCUACCAGAGCAAAUACGGCCCCAACUACAAGAUCGGCACCAACUUCCACGGCAUCGACAUCCACCGCGCCAGAGCCUUCGGUCUCAUGGGUGCCGGCUUCGGUGCCGCUGCUGGUCUCUUCGCCCUCUUCUUCUUUGCCGAUAUCCCCCGUGUACGAAAGGAUAUCAUGCAGAAGGUUCCCUUCAUCGGCUCCCACUUCAUCAGAGAGGUCGCCCCCGAGGACAACCCCUUCUAA